UAUGCCAGAUUCAUUCCGAGACGAAGAAGAAGCGUAGACGAAGGCUUGAAUGUAGCAGCAUGGAUGACACCACAGACGACCCCCAUGUCUGUGAAAACAUCUCAGACCAGGAGGAAGACAACUGCUCAGACAACGAUGUUGGACCUUCAAAGCUGGGAACCAAACAAUAUUGGGAAGACACGUACCAAAAAGAGCUCGAGACAUUCAAAGACAUUGGAGAUGUUGGUGAGAUAUGGUUUGGUGAGGAAAGCAUGACACGUGUGCUGCGAUGGAUGGACAAAGUGAAGAUCCCAGUAAAAGCUUCAAUACUAGACAUCGGCACAGGAAAUGGAGCCUUUUUAGUUGAACUGGCAAGACACGGAUACAAGAAUCUGAUGGGAAUAGAUUAUUCUCCUGCAUCUGUAGAAUUGGCCAGAAAUGUGCUGCAGGCAGAGGGUUUGACAGAUGUCACUGUGAAGGAGAUGGAUUUCUUAAACUGUCACGGGGAGCUAAAGGAUUUUGAUGUCUGCAUUGACAAGGGGACAUUUGAUGCAAUAAGCCUAAACCCUGACAAGGCCGAAGAGUGCAAAAGACUCUACAUCCAAGCUUUAAAAGAUGCUCUCAAGGACCAAGGAAUCUUUGCUAUCACUUCCUGUAACUGGACAAAAGAGCAGCUGCUAAACAGAUUCAGUGAAGGAUUUCAGUUUGUGCAGGAGUUGCCAACACCCAGUUUCCAAUUUGGAGGCAAGACGGGCAACAGUGUGUCAGCGCUCAUCUUCAAGCGAGUAAAAUGAUUUUCAUGUCCCCAGAGGACGGACGAUUCUCUUCUGUUGUCCCACCGUUUUUUCUUUUACUAUCUCUGUAGAUUUUUUACACAAGCUCUUGGAGUGGAGUAAUGAGGCAGACGUCCACACAUUCUCUAGAGCCAUGGUUCUCAAACUGUGGUACUUGGAAGAAAAUCAGAAAUGCUGUUCCUCUGUAUUUACCAGGGUGUGUGAUUGGAGUGAAGCUAAGGAAUUAUGUGUGUAGAAAAUGGCACAAAUAAAAAAAAUCCUCCUAUCUAAACCCAGCUCACCUGUGAGAAUAUUGACCGAACCCUUUAAACAGUUAAAAUGAGCAAAAAAUGUACUCCUUCCUGACUGUCACGGUGGUUUUAGCCUUGAUAGUGAGGUUAGGUUACGUCAAAUGACAAAAGUUAUUGAUAGAACCAACAAAGAUGUAGGCACAGAUACACACAGGUUACACACCUUCUGAGUUAUCACCAGCAAGAUGUCACCAUUAACGGUCAUUAUCAGUCCUUUAUUAACUCUUGGCGAACUGUAACCUCUGAUAACUGUUUACAUAAUCCAACCAUCAUGCUUGAGAUGUCCGUGUGUUGUGUUCAAUGUGCCAUUGUAAAUAGUAAACCCCAGCUCUAAUCAGAAACAUUAGGCCAGUCACUUAUCAGCGUCUUCUUGUUAUCGCUGCCUUUUUUUUUUUAACUGUGCAAAGUCUCACGUCUGUGGUCAGUGGCAUCUAGAUCAGAAUCAUGUGACUGGACGUUGGUCAACGAGUUUAAGUCGCACAGCAUGUUCACGUAACACUCGAGCAUGUCUUUAAUAAACCUGGUGUUUUUCCACAGCAGGUAUUUUUCGAUAUGAUUUUACUUAACACAGAGUUCCACAUCAGGUUUAAGAGAGUGAUGGUUGUGCUAUAUUUCCAGUGUAAGUCACACUAAAUACUUGACGCUUAAACCUGUUGAAGCAGUUUUUUCUUUUCUUCUGAAAUAAACGUUUCCCUCAUUCCAAUAAAGUGAUUGAGAAAUACAACAAAGGAAUAUUUGUUGGGGGAAGAUUCA